AAUUCAGUUCUUUUACAGAAAGAGUCUACAAACGAGUUCCCAAUCUGAAGUGGUUGUCUGUGAAGUUGGUGGUACUACACGAUGGCAGACGUCAGUGCUAUGACUGAUACGUCAACAGAUGUUGAUACAGAUGAUAAAAACUUGAGGUUUCUAAACUCUCUAACAUUGGGCGCCACUUCCGAUGCAAGUGACAAAACCAGAGACCAAAAGACGCUUCGUAGGCUUUCCCAAAAUCGUGAAGCUGCACGAAAGAGUCGUCUAAGGAAAAAGGCAUAUGUUCAACAGUUAGAGAGUAGUAGAAUGAAGCUGACACAGCUAGAGCAGGAACUUCAACGAGCUCGACAGCAGGGCAUAUAUGUUUCAAGUUCAGGAGAUCAAUCACAGUCAAUGAGUGGAAAUGGAGCUUUGGCGUUUGAUGUAGAAUAUGCACGAUGGCUGGAAGAGCACAACCGGCGUACGAAUGAGCUGAGAGGAGCUGUAAGUUCUCAUGCUGGUGAUGGCGAACUGCGUAUAAUUGUGGAUGGCAUCUUGGCGCACUAUGAUGACUUAUUCAAGAUCAAGGGUGAUGCUGCAAAGGCUGAUGUUUUUCAUAUAUUGUCAGGCAUGUGGAAAACCCCUGCAGAAAGAUGCUUCUUGUGGCUUGGUGGAUUCCGUUCGUCGGAACUUCUCAAGCUUCUCAUUAAUCAGUUGGAGCCUUUAACUGAUCAACAAUCGUUGGCAAUCAACAACUUGCAACAGUCAUCCCAACUGGCUGAAGAUGCUUUAUCUCAGGGAAUCGAAUCACUGCAACAGUCAUUGGCUGAGACCCUGGCAGGGUCUCUUGGACCUUCAGGGUCAUCUGGGAAUGUUGCCAAUUACAUGGGUCAAAUGGCCAUGGCAAUGGGGAAGCUAGGAACUCUUGAAGGCUUCAUUCUCCAGGCUGAUAACCUACGGCAACGGAUGCUGCAGCAAAUGCAUCGGAUAUUGACAACUCGCCAGUCGGCUCGUGCUCUUCUUGCUAUCGGUGAUUAUUUCGCUAGACUGCGAGCCCUUAGUUCUCUCUGGCUUGCUCGUCCCCGAGAGUAACAAGUAACCAACUUUCUUCUGACAUUAGCAUAUGUGAACCUCUUCCUGGAAUGCUGCUGGUUUCAUUUGUUGUAAUGGUAACUUGUUUUAAAGCUCUUCAAGCUUUGUAUCAGUUAUCAUAUAUAGUUAGAUGGAUGUAAUUAUGUUGACUAGCUUUAUAAUUUCUAUUCUUUGUCA